AUGGCCACUUGCGCUACUAAUUUUGCAUAUUUCUGCGCUGUUAUCUCAUUAAAUACAAAUUAUCACUCAUUAUUUUCUACUGCGGAACAAUUCUCGACAGUGCGAGUGAGAAUUGCUGAAGAAGGAUUUCAAUUUUUUAGUAAAAUUGCACAUCAUAUUAUUGAUGAGGAAAUAUGGAAGCUAACAUUUCCAGAAAUAACAAUUCCAAUCGAAGGUGGACCUGGCACUGGUGAAGUGAAUGUAACUGAACUUACAUUACGAUCAUUUAAAUCGCCAACUUUUUCAUUUCAAUUAGCCCCACCCAAUGGUAUUAUUUGGCUAUGUAAAGGUGGAUCAACAAAACAGGAAGCCGUCUGGCUUGCUUAUUACUAUUUCAUUGUUCCAAUUUAUCUUUCGGGAUAUGUUAAGGCAAAAAUGGAUGACAUCCGUAUUUAUACACAAACCAAUUUAAUGGUUCGAAAUGAGCGUCCACAAAUUGAGAUUGGUGAUUGUUUCACAGACGUUCAGCAAGUUUACGUCUAUAUUACAGGUGGUGUUGUACAAUGGGUCGUCAAUUUAUUUCGAACACAAUUAGCUUUUGCAGUCAAGCAAACGAUACAUGAAAAAAUCAAUGCCGCCUUAUCAACACUUUCUACGCGAGUUAAAUUAUACGAAAAUCUCUAUGUUAGCUAUUUAUACAAGCAAAAGCCUAUAGUGACGAACAAAUACAUUGAAAAUGAAAUGGUAUUUGAUGUAACGUACGGACAAGGCAAUUGUAUGUUAUCAAUGGAGCAAAUGGAUGACCAUAUUGAUGCAAAGAAACGGAUGGCAUAUAUUUGGUUAUCGGAAUAUGUACCAAAUUGUUUGCUGCAAACUGUAUAUAAUAGUGCAAAUUUAACAUUUGCUAUAACAUCAAAUACUAGCUCUGGUCGAUUUGCAAGUUUUCUAAGAACAGACUGUAAACUUUUUUCAAUAUGUGUUGGAAAAUUUCUUCCAACUUUACGCUUAAUGUAUCCCAAUCGGACGACAUAUUUUUUAAUCCAAUUAGCUGAAAGGCCAUAUAUUGCUAUUAAUACAAAUGGUAUACGAAUAUUCGCAAAUUCUACGGUAGAUCUGUAUUUAUCAUCUGAGAAGGAACAGUCUUGUAGAUUAGCGAGACUUGUGAUGAAUUCAACAACCUAUGCGAUACCGACAAUCUUACAUAGGAAACUUGUAGGUGAUAUCAGUAAUGUUACGGUAAUAUUACGUGAACACGAUUCAACUGUUGGACACUUCAACGUUCAAGUGCUCGAACUCUUACAAAAAUUAAUGGCAAAAAUUGUGAGAUCAUUUGGAGGAGCGGCACUUAAAAUUGGUAUACCAAUACCGCUCUUUGAUAAUGUGACAAUCUCAGAUGAUGCCCAAAUUGUUACCAAAAAUGGAUACAUUCGUGUUGAUUUUGAUUUUACUUACGGAUAA